ACCACCAAGACCCAGCCAUGACGCCCGAAACAAGGAAAUUAACCAAUGUCAUCAUUCUGGGCUGCUCUUUUAUGUUCGUUUUCACUGCGUUUCAAACCUGUGGGAACAUUGAGCAAACCGUCAUCAAGAGCAUCAACAGCACACAGUUUCAUGGAAGUGGAUAUACCAGUUUGGCCAUAAUUUACACUGUGUUUUCUGCCUCCAAUCUGUUGACUCCAUCAAUUGUUGCUCUUUUGGGAUCUCAACUUUCCAUGUUCAUUUCUGGAUUAGUGUACAGUGCUUACGUUGCAGUCUUCAUUCAGCCGUACACUUGGUCCUUUUACUUGGCUUCAGUCGUCAUUGGCAUAGCAGCCGCAGUGCUAUGGACAGCACAAGGCAAUUGUUUGACAAUAAAUUCGGAUGAAAAUACAAUUGGAAGAAACAGUGGCAUAUUUUGGGCUUUGUUGCAAUUUAGUCUUUUAUUUGGAAAUCUGUAUAUAUAUUUUGCCUGGAAAGGAGAAAAGCAUAUUUCAGAUUAUAAUCGUAGGACUGUUUAUACUGCACUCACUGUGAUCAGUUUGGUGGGAAGUGUUUUCUUCAUUCUUAUAAGGAAACCCAUCUCAGAGGUUCAGUCCACAGAAAACAAUGUACCUGAUGAUGAGCAUGAACCUUUGAUUAGGUCUUUGUUAACGAUGUUAACAUUGUUUUGCAUCAUUUGCAGAACUCAAGAACAGCCAUCACAAGCAGUAGCUGCAUUCAAAAGUGCAAUCAACAUAUUUUUAACCAAGGAAAUACUGCUUCUAAGUGUUUGCAUUGCCUACACAGGGCUUGAGCUAACAUUUUUCAGUGGGGUCUACGGUACAUGCUUGGGAGCAACAAAUUAUUUUGGGGAUGAAGCAAAAAGCUUGAUUGGUUUAAGUGGCAUCUUCGUUGGUGUUGGAGAGAUUAUAGGUGGUGCAACUUUUGGAUUACUGAAUAAAUUCCUCAGCAAGUAUCUUGGCAUUGGCAGAAACCCUGUAGUUCUUCUGGGUUUAUUCUGCCAUAUUUUAGCCUACUAUCUCAUAUUCUUAAACGUGCCAAAUGAUGCACCAGUUGUUUCUGAUGUUGGGACAAAUGAAGCUGCUUAUCUAAUUCCAAGCAAAUUUAUCGCAAUAGCAUGCAGUUUCCUUCUGGGACUGGGAGACAGCUGUUUCAACACACAACUCCUCAGCCUUGUGGGAUUUAUGUAUGCCAAAGAGAGUGCUCCUGCGUUUGCUGUCUUCAAGUUUGUGCAGUCUAUCAGUGCAGCAAUCGCAUUUGGUUACAGCAAUUACCUAAUGCUUCAAUGGCAACUACUUAUCCUCUGCCUGACUGCAUUCUGCGGUACCAUCUCCUUCAUCCUCGUGGAGUGGAAUGCAAAAUCGAGUUUCACCAGCCGUGGUUAUGAUCGUAUUUGACGAAGAAACAAGCUAUUUUUGAAGAAUAUACACUUUUAGAAUAUACAUUUUUAAAUCCUAUUUUUAUUAAAUUUCACUUUUAUUGUGAUGAGCAAUUUUAAUUUACUGUGCAAAAGUUUUCAAAGCAUUUUCAAAACUAGUGUAAUUUAAGGAUUUAUCUAGAAAAAUAUAUAUAAUAAGGUCAGUGCAAUGAACAAGCUGACUGAAAGCUGGGCACUAAAGGGUUUGUACAAUAAUUUGGGCAAAGAAUUCUGCUCAAAAACCAUGCACUCUUGAAAUAUUCUGAUUGAACUAAAAUCUGAAUAUUCGGAAUUAUUUAACUACUGUACGGAAAUGCUGUUUUAAGCAUUUUCCCAGUGGCAUCCAAAAGCAUCAUUUAGAACCAAGAUUUUAUUAUUUGCCAAACAGAUAUACUACUAAAAAAGUAACAGAUUCCAUUAACAUGGAGCAAAGAAGACAUGUUUUUAUUUGUAACACAGUAAUUUGAGAUAUUUCCAGUAGUUUUUGGAUAAGGUUAAAAUUCUUUAAACUUACAGAGAAUCACUAUUUGAAAGUUCCCCUUACAUCAAAUGGUACAUCAUUCGUAUUGAUUCUUCUAAAUGUACAUCGAAAUUACUUGAAAUAUAUCUUCCCAAUUUUAUCGGUGAUUACACUAAGAUUUUUAUAAUUACUUUCAUUUGGUGUUGGUAGUUUACAUAAUAAAACAGUGUUUUAUGUCAGCUAUUUUCGACUUUGCAGAAAUAUGUCCAGUGGUCACAUUAGUGAUGCAGUAUUGUAUGGUUACUAAUUGUGAUGAGAACUGAAAUUAUUUGGCUAUAAAAUUGAUUCAUUUUGCUGUGUUUUGAUAGUUUAUUAAAAAAAAUAGCAUUUGAAACUGCUACUGAAUUUGAAGAAGCUACUGAAGUUGAAGCAAAUGAGAAGGAAUUUAAAUGCUAAUUACUGUAUUGAUAACAGCAACUGUAUUUUAUAAUAGUUAGGAUUCUAUUAAUGAGUUUUAUUUGAUUCCGUUUGAGUUUAAUUUGAUUUUUUUUUUUUUUUUUUUUUUUUUUUAAAUUGCUGCUGUUACCAAAGCAAAUCUGCAGAAUUAUUUUAAUUUCUCUAAAAGAGGAAGUAUUCUUCACUAUCCAAUGGAAUUGGAUAUGCAUGUUGCAUUUUUUUUGAUAUUUGCAGUGAUGCAGAAAAAAGCAAUAGUUGUAACUCAUUGGUAGCACUGGUGAAUCAGAUGGUGGUGGGUUCAAGUCCAUUCCAGAUGAGAUAUUAAACAGCUUUUUGUUUGUUCCUCUAACUAGAUAUAAAAUAUCCCACGUAGAAGAAGGGGAAGGCAAUCUCUUGUUGGUUAAUAUUAACUUCUUGAAGCAUCAUCACUACUUAUAAACGACCUUGUCAUUGUAAAUAAAAAGCAAACAUUUGUUAAUAUGGAAGUGGUAACAAGGUGCUUAGAGAAAAAGUUAAACCGCAGGACAGUCAGCAAUAACAUGAAACGCACAUCAUAGGUAAUGGAGAAGCUGCAGAUACAGAAUUUGUGGACUUUCUUCCAGCAUUUGAUAAGGUUACUAAACAAAAUUAAAGCCUUGGGUUUGGGAGAAGAACACUGGAGUGAACUGAGAGUUGGUUAAUGAACAGACCAUUGGAAUACCUAAGUUAUGAGUUGGCAGGCUGAAUCUUGGGGUGCUGCUGUCCCAGUGAUUUGCAAGGUAUUUCAUCGAUUUGGAUGAGGGGGACCAAGUGUAAUAUAUUCAUGUUUGCUGACACUAAUCUGAAUGGCAUUUUGUGGAAUAUGCAGAGGCUUGAGGGUGAUAUAGACAGGCUAUAUAGAACAGUACAUCACAGAAACAGACCCUUGGGGCCCCACAGUGUCCAAUGUUGAUGCCAAGUAAACUAAUCUCUGCCAUCAUGUGACCUAUAUCCCUCCAUAUUCCAGGGCCUCUCUAAAAGCUGUGAGGACAUGGCAGUCAGAUUAAAAUGUAAGAUAAUGAGGUUGUCCAUUUGGGUUUAAAAAAAAAUAUUUUUUGAUGUGACAGAUUGAAUGGUGUUGGUAUUCGGAGAGACUUGGUCACACUUGAAUGGAAAAUACAUGUGAUAUGUUCGUCUUUAUUGUCAAAGGAUUUUGUUCCAAAAAUAGAGAUGUCUUAAAUUAUAUCAGGCCCUGGUGAGACAUGCAUAUGUUGAUUAAUUUUCUGUGUUUAGUGCCUUUUCAGUUACAAUAUCCAAAAUAGAAUUUGGCCAAAUUAGAAUAUAUUUAAAUACCCUUAAAUCCCAAUAUUUCACCCAGUCUACACGAUUAUUUAACUGCAUUAGUUAUUGGAUCGUUAAAACGGAGGAACCAAAGCAUCAUUGGAACUGCUUUCUUAUGUCCUGGUUUACUGAUGUAGGUUAUCCAGCAUUAAAUUAAAAUGUCAGAUUUAUUUUUUUGCUUUGAAUUGUUCUUAUUCUUUAUUCCUUGUCAGAUGACUAAAGGGUUAACUAAAAAUAGAGAUUUUUGGGGAGCUGGGCGAGGGGUGGUGAUAUUGAAAAGAAACCAUGUUGCUUAAUCCUAUUGAUUGUAAGACUUGUCCUGAAUUUAGUUAAUUGGUGAAAUUGGUUGCAAACUUUGAUUCAAAGUGAUGAUUGGGGAUCAAAAGGGAUUUUCUGCUCUUGGGCCAAGGACACGUGGUUUGAAUUGGGCAAAUUGAUCGACAUUUUAAAAUACUGCUGCUAGUCUAAGAAUCUUUGCUGUACAAGUCAUUAAUUUAUCCAGAUACAAUAGAAAGAAAAAUGUAUGAUUCAAUCGUACAUUUUCAUCUAUUGCAAUACAACAUAGAAACAUAGAAAAUAGGUGUAGGAGGAGGCCAUUCGGCCCUUCGAGCCAGCACCGCCAUUCAUUGUGAUCGUGGCUGAUCGUCCCCUAUCAAUAACCCGUGCCUGCCUUCUCCCCAUAUCCCUUGACUCCACUACCCCUAGAGCUCUAUCUAACUCUUUCUUAAAUCCAUCCAGUGAUUUGGCUUCCACUGCCCUCGUUGUGACAUGGUCUUAAAAAAUGGUUAAUUUAUUUAUUUUGACUGUGUGAAUAAAAUAUUGAUUGAAUUUAGUUGUUACCAUAAAUUUGUUUGAAAUUAACAUGGCAUUUUAGAUGGAUUGAUAACAUGACAUAAAUUUGAUUUUAAAAUGCUAUUGUUCUAUCCAUGACUUCUACAUCAAUUGCAGACAUACUGUCCAUUGUGACAAUUUGUAUCAAAGUGUGUAAUAUUUACAAUCAUUUUAUAUAAUAGUCAUUGCACUUUAUAACUUGUUCUGAAUUCCUUAAUACUUAAUGUGCAUUCAUCUGAGUGCAAUAAAUUUGUAUCUGCAAGUCACUAAAAUAUGAGUUAUGCCAUCCUUGUCAAUUAAACAAAUUCUUGUGAGCAAUGUACUCCAAUUAAAA